UCCUAAUAUGGUGUUUCUACGAUGGAACGCUUUAUUAUCAUCUUUUUUUAUGCUAAUGUCAUUCUAAUACCCAGCUGUAUGCAGCAGUAGUAGUAAGGCAUGCGCAGUGUGUAAAAAGACAACGGCGAAGAUUCAAAGUUUUUGUUCGGGUUCUCAUUGAUCAUCAUGUUUGGUUUUCACAAGUCUAAGAUAUAUCGCAGCCAUGAAGGAUGUUGCAUUUGCAAGACCAAGUCCUCCAGUUCACGCUUUACUGACAGCAGCAGAUAUGAAGAAACCUUCAGGCUAUGUUUUGGGUUGUCAGAGGAUCGUGUGGGAGACAUCUGCAAUGCCUGUGUGCUGUUAGUAAAAAGAUGGAAAAAACUGCCAAAAGGCUCUAAGAAGAACUGGAACCAUGUUGUGGAUGCAAGAGCUGGGCCUGGCUUCAAGCUAACCAAACCCAAGAAGAUGAAGAACAGUGAUGGGAAGAAGAAAAGCAAACUGAAGAGGCUUCACAAAUUCAAAAGACAAAACUCGGAUGCUCACAGCACGACCUCCAGCAUGUCUCCAUCCCAGUCCCCCAGCUACGAGUCAGAUGACGGCUCAGACAUUGAGUCCAAACAGAGGCGCCCCACUCCUUCUGUCUUUUCCUUCCUGGACCGUUCUUACUGGAAAAGACAAAAGGUGUGCUGUGGGAUUGUGUACAAAGGGCGUUUUGGUGAGGUGAUGAUUGACCCGCGUCUCUUCAAGCCCUGCUGCAGCUCCAAGAAGCAGGAGACGUUGAUUCCCAUGCAGGACACGCACCUUCCCCUUCCCGCCAUUCACCCCCCGCCUCUCCCGCUACCAGAGGCCCUGAAAGAGGACUGGUGAUGGCUCUUGAGCACCCUCUUGGGGUAACCAUGACACCCUACAAGUUGUCUCCAGUGGCAGACUAC